AUGAUUAAGAUACUCAACCCUCACUCGCACCAUUCUCACUCAACCACAACUCUUAAAACCGCUGAGAUCUUGUCCAAAUAUAGACCCAUUGCUCCUAGGCCCGGGACGCCCCGAGUAAACGAAGAUGACCCUUCUUCCUCUAUGUCUCACAAGAUCAGCCAAUCUCCUUACCUCCGUAACCUCUGGCCACAGCUUCAAGCGCGGCCUACAAGAACCCGCAAGCGAGGCCGAGGCGGGAUGGGUCCCACAUCUCAUCUUUCCCUCAAGAGACACAAGCCAUGUGCUUCUACCUCUACUAGUUCUACGAAACGUGUGUUUGCCACUAUUAAACCGCUGUCGUUUCAGGCCUUCACUCAUGGGUUACCACCCAAUAUCACACAGGUUGGCUCCUCUGCUUUGGUGACUCUACCCCUCCUUCAAUGCUCUCCUCCUUCCUCCAAAUGCAUGGAGCCGGAGGUCAAAGGGAAGGGUGUCAUUGAUCUGAACAAGACCGCAGAAGUGAUACAAGAGAGAGAUUUCUUGAAGCAGCUACAAGGACCCAUCACCACAACCACAACCAAAAGCAGAGUCAUAGCACCGCAGCCCAUAAGGCCGGUUUGCUCAAGGAUCAACGUGACCUGCAUAAACCCAUCUACACCAUCUCAAAUCAGCAAGAAAUCACCAGAAGAGGUCGAGGAAGAAGUUGAAUCCGACGACUUACCCGCUGUGAUAUCCGAUUCCAACAACAGGGUCAGACUCGUGAACUCGAAAUACAAGGAGAUGAUGGGGCAGCCCGAGUGCUCAUGGCUGGAUUCGAUGGUGAGAGGGAAGAGGAUAUGUGGAGAAGUGAUGAUCCAUUUCUGUCAACCCAAAAUUCCGGUGAAUAAUGGGUUUUCUUGCUGGGUCAGGAUAGAAUGGGGAAGAGAUGGUAAGGAGGAGUCCGUGCACGCCUUCUGCGAUGUCAUGAGGCUUGCAUGCCACUCCAAGGAUUAUCUCUUUACGUGGAGGUUUCACACAAGCAGAGAGACUUGUCUGUCAACCGGCAACGCUUAA